GAAUGUGUCAUUAUAAUUUCGUCAACUUCAGCAAUACGAAAAGUGCUUAAUUAUUUGCAUUAUUUUAACAACUCAUCGACAACGUAGAGCUUUUCCCAAAAGCUACACUAAUCAAACAAAAAGCUGUGCCUGCGUGCAUAUUGAAAACAACAGUCAAUAGCAAACGAAGCUACAAACUGUGAAGCAAACAAUUUCACAACUCUCGAUUAAAACCCUCGGAAAAGGCGGCGCUGUCGACGUCACAGACACAGUAGCAGUCUCAAGGCCAAGGAAAUCGCUAAAGAAAAUUCAAUUUCAAUUAAACAUGAAAUUUGUGUCAUCACACAGCAACGACCAACAUUUUUAUAAUCAGAAGCAGCAAAAGCAGCAGCACAAGUGUAUAAAUAUAAAACGCGCGUUCAAGUCAACAUCAUUCAGUUCAGUAAAAGUUAUCAACAUUUCCAAACGCGUGUUGUGCAACAAACAGCAACAGCAAGCGCAGCAACAAAGACAAUAUUGGAAACAUAAAAGCUUUUGCAUAGCUGCAUCUUGAUUAAGAAUCUUGCAAUUUAAGCAAAGCAAAUAAAAAAAGAACUCUCGCCUCAUCCAAUCACCAACAAAAAUUCUAACCUAAAUUCCUGAACGCCCAACGUAUAGAAAAUCAAUAAAAGCAAGAAGCACGUGCAAGUACCGCCAAUAGUUGCCGCCAAACUCGUGUGUGUAGACUUUUUGUGUAGACUCUCUCUCACUCAAUCGCUCGCGCGUUCAAAAGGACAUUGUCAAACGGGGAUUGUGCUUGCGUGUGUGUGCGUGCAACAACAAUAACAACAACGAUCGUAGUCAAGAAGAGCGAAAGCCAAUCCAAACACAAAAUUCGUGGUUCUAGCGAGCAACGCAACAGCAACAACAAAAGCAUCAAUAUGUCACGACGCAAUAAGAAAGCAGCAGGCAAAGGCCGCAUCAACGACUCGAACUCAGAGGACGAGUCCUUUGACAAUGUGAGCGUUUAUUCGCAUGUCUCGGAGGCCGCCUCUUCAGAGGCUGCCGAAGAUCUGGCGAAUGAGCGCUUCGAGGAGAAAUUCGAAAAGGCUUUGGAACAGGCUACCGAGAAAUCGGCCCAGACCCGCAUUCAGGCCCUGCAGGCCAUCUGCGAGCUGCUGAUGCAUCGUUAUAUGCCCGACUUCGUAGAGGACCGCAAAAUGACACUCAUGGAUUUUGUGGAGAAGAGUGUGCGCCGCGGCAAGGGUCAGGAGCAAGUGUGGGGCGCACGUUUGGCCCCACUCCUAGUGCUGCAACUGGGUGGCGAGGAGGGCAUGUCGAAGGCAAUGAAUCAGUUCCUUCUGACCACCGUGCAGGAUAAAUCGGUUAACUAUGAUGCACGCGCCAAGUGCUGUGCCGCCCUUGGUUUGCUCAACUUCCUGGACUGCGAGGAUAUCGGUGCAUUAAUCCAGCUGAUGCAGUUCUUCGAGACCAUCUUUGCCGGCAGCUAUUUGCGCGGCGACGACAAGUCACCCAUCUCUGUCACUGCCGAGGCAGGAACUCUUCAUGCUGAGGCCCUGUCCGCCUGGGGUCUGCUGCUGACUCUCGUGCCCUCGGGCGAUUUCGUUUCCCUGAUGACCUCCGGACAACACAAAUUUCCGUCUAUCAAAAAGUUCUUGGGUCUAUUGCAAUCACCACAUUUGGAUGUACGCAUGGCCGCUGGCGAGACCAUCGCAUUGAUUCUGGAGUCGGGUCGUGCCCAUGAUGAGAACUUCCUGGAGGAGGACAUCGGCGAGCUGUGCGACGCUGUCAAGCAGCUGGCCACCGAUUCGCACAAAUAUCGCGCCAAGCGCGAUCGCAAGGCACAGCGUGCCACCUUCCGUGAUGUGCUGCGCUAUCUGGAGGAGGAUAUUUCGCCUGAGAUCAGCAUUCGCUUCGGACAUGAUUCUCUCACCUUGGACGCCUGGUCCAUACAUCAUCAGUACUCAGCCCUGUGCGCCGUUAUGGGCCCCGGCAUGACCUCCCAUCUGCAGGAGAACGAAUUCAUACGCGAUAUUUUCCAAUUGGGCCCACGACCAAACAAUGUGGGCAUCAAUGGCAACGCCAAAGUCAAGCAGUCCAAGCUCGAGCGCCAUCUGGUGAAUGCUGCCGCUUUCAAGGCACGUUCCAUAACGCGUGGCAAGAAUCGUGAUAAGCGCUCGGCUGUCGUUCAAUGAGCACAUGCUACACUGCCCCCAAGACUUCUGCAAUUCAUCUAGCAACAUCUACCAUAUACAUAUAUAUAUCUACAGUUUAUAGGCACAAGCACUCAUCAUUAGCCGACCCUGGACUCUCGCCUCCCAUUAGUUGAAUUAUUUCACGUAGUUGAUAAGACGGCUUAGCAUACURACAAAAACAAAAACAAACG